AGCAUUAGAUGUUCAUGGAUCAUCACGAAGUGUUAGGUUGCGUUAUAAAACUUAUACUAAUGGAAGAAGAAAAGAACCCGUACAAGUGUGUCCAAGAAGUGAAACAGAAACCAGUUCUGUCUCAUACCUACAAAUACGGCCGCUCAUGCGUAUUAUGAGGAAAAGUUAUGAAAUGAGACAGAAAACUAGUUCUGUCAUUUCAUCUUAAGUCAUGUUCUACCUAUCCUUGUCGCACAAAUAUUGGACACAGUUACGGCAUACGGACGGUAUACGUUAUUCCGCUUUCAUUAGUAUAAGUUCUAUGAGUUGCGUAAAGUCUUCAAAGUCAAACAACAUCGACGGCGCGGCGGUUCAGAAUUGGAUGGGUGACUACAGAUAUUAAGCAACGCUAAUGCGACUAUGGUGAGAUAACCGUGUUUGUUGAGAAACAAGCACGGUUAUCCCACCAUAGUUACCUGGAAAACAUGAACCUGACUGGCAGGUAUAUAUUCCAAGCAAACAUUCAGAUUCUCUAUUAUAGUAUAUCGUCCCACUUGAUACGUUCAAUAACCAAUUUGAUAUGAUUACACAUAAUCCGACGUUCUUUUACCUUCUCAGUGCGGUCGUUGUAAUCGUUCCAUUGAAGUCGGGCGGACAACUGUUACCGAAAGGAAAUCGCAGUAUUUACGGCAAUGACAUUGGUGGACACGUGUUAGAAAAUAUAUUAGAGCUAGGCUUCGAAGCCCUAAACUUUGUGGAGCAAAACCAACGUUUUAUAAAUCAAGAGAUAUCAGAUACAAUCCCACAGUCCGGAGCCGUGUACGACUUCAUAGUAGUCGGCGCCGGCACGGCCGGUGCUACGAUAGCCGCGAGACUAAGCGAGAUUCAUCAAGUUAAAGUAUUGUUGAUCGAAGCUGGAUCUAACGAGAAUUUGCUCAUGGACAUUCCGCUUCUCGCUUACACGCUGCAACUAAGCAAUGAUAUUAAUUGGAAAUACAGAACAAAAUCUUCCGACAGAUACUGUCUCGGCAUGAAUAACAACAGAUGUAAUUGGCCUAGAGGCAAAGUAAUGGGCGGCAGCAGUGUGCUAAAUUACAUGAUUGCAACCAGAGGCGGCGCCGAGGAUUAUGACCGAUGGGCUGAGAUGGGAAAUGAAGGCUGGGCUUACAAAGACGUUCUCAAAUAUUUUAAAAAGUUGGAAACAAUCAAUAUCUCAGAGCUGCAAUCGGAUAAUAUUUAUCAUGGUACACAAGGACCAUUAUUUAUCUCUUAUCCACCAUUUCAUACGCGACUGGCAGAAGCUUUUUUAAAAGCUGGAGAAAAGCUGGGGUAUCCACUGUUAGAUUAUAACGGAAAAAAUAUGAUAGGAUUCUCGUAUAUUCAAAGCACAACCGUGAAUGGUACUCGUAUGAGUAGCAAUAAAGCAUAUCUACAUCCCGCAAAAAAUCGCCGGAACCUUUACUUGACACGCGAGAGCAUGGUGAGGAAAGUGCUGAUCGAUCGUCGCACGAAUCGGGCAAUUGGCGUAGAGUUUAUCAAACAUAAUCAAAUUAUCCACGUAUUUGCAAGCAAAGAAGUGAUUUUGUGCGCGGGUGCAAUUGGAUCACCACAAUUAUUAAUGCUAUCCGGCAUCGGACCGGCUAAACAUCUUAGCGAGCUCGAGAUCGACAUUGUUCAGGACUUACCAGUUGGCGAAAAUCUAAUGGAUCAUUUAGGUUAUGGAGGAUUAACGUGGACAAUAGAUGAGCCGAUAAGUAUCAAAACGUUCAACAUCAUAAAUCCCAUUAAUCCAUAUAUAAGGGAUUUUCUAACGCGAAGAUCAGGACCAUUAACGGUCCCGAAUGGAUGUGAGGCUCUCGGUUUUAUCGACACAAAAAAUCUAAAAAACCGUGACGGUUUGCCGGACAUCGAACUGUUAUUUAUCGGUGGUGGAUUUAAAGGAGAUCUCAUUGCUCCGAUCAUAUUGGGUCUCAACAAUCGAAUACGUCAGACGUGGAAUAAAUAUAACAAAAAUCACGGUUGGACCAUACUACCGAUGUUGUUAAAACCAAAAAGCCGUGGACAGAUAAGACUAUUGGCCAAUGAUAUUAAUGUUAAACCCGAGAUCAUUGCAAAUUAUUUCGACAAUCCAGAAGAUGUCAAAACGAUGAUUGCUGGUAUUAGAGCUGCAAUACGUAUCGGUCAAACUAUGCAAAUAUUUGGUUUACGACUUUUAAACGAUACUUUAUCCGGAUGCGAAAAUUACAAGUAUGACUCCGAUGACUAUUGGGAGUGCGCAAUAAGGACGUUGUCUUUCACCAUCUAUCAUUAUUCUGGUACUUGCAAGAUGGGAUCGAGAAAAGAUCCGACUGCUGUUGUCGAUCCUAGAUUAAAGGUAAUUGGUAUUCGAGGACUACGAGUAGCAGAUGGUUCUAUCAUGCCUGAGAUUAUAUCGGCGCAUACAAACAUACCUGUGUAUAUGAUUGCCGAGAAACUGGCGGAUAUGGUGAAAGAAGAUUGGAAAUACUUGGACAAGUCGUAAACGUAAUUUAUGAUACUGUAUCAACAAAAAAUUUUCAAUCGCUAUAACUUUAAUAAAAAUAUAUAAUUUUCAAUGUAUAAAAAUAAAAGUUUAAAUAAAUUUUCAGGAAACAAACAUUGUAAAAUACUUCUAUAAUCUUUACAAAACGAUUAAUGUUUGGCAAAAUUAAUUAAUGUCUUUCUAAAUUUAAUUAAAGUUAAGGAUUUAUGAAAUUAAUUGGUUACAAAUUAAUUCAGUUAAACGUUAUACAAAUGAAAA